GUGGAAAGGUGGCGGUAAUCGAAGCUCUGCGCGCGUUUUCCUAGAAGCCUCAGCCGCCCCACACCUGUCUGGAGUUUGACCCCUUCUGGGACGUCUCCUCCCCUGAGUUUCCUCCUCAUAGGCUUGUCCCUGGGAGUGUGGGCGGCCCCCUCCCUGAGAGCAUAAACUCUUACUUUUCUCCCCCACCCAGCUCCUCCUCCUCCUCCUUGGCCCUCUUUCUCUUCGCUUCAGCCACUUCCUUCCUCAGCCUCUUCCUCCCUAGUGCAUUGAAAAAGAUAACCGGGGCCGGACCGGACCGUUCUUCAUAGGAAAAGGAACCGAGGAGAGGUGGGUCCCCGGGGAAGAGGUGGCUAGGUAGCAAUGAAUGUGGAUCAUGAGGUUAACCUCUUAGUGGAGGAAAUUCAUCGUUUGGGUUCAAAAAAUGCUGAUGGAAAGUUAAGUGUGAAAUUUGGGGUCCUCUUCCGAGAUGACAAAUGUGCCAACCUCUUUGAAGCAUUGGUGGGAACGCUCAAAGCUGCAAAACGAAGGAAGAUUGUUACGUACCCAGGAGAGCUACUUUUGCAAGGUGUUCAUGAUGAUGUUGACAUUAUAUUGCUGCAAGAUUAAUGUAGUUCAUGUAUUUAUGAAUUGCUAUUUUUUGUUUCUGGUAAACUGGAAUAUAAGUCAAACAACAAAUGUUUGAACCUACUUAAUGUAUUUUUAUAGAACUUUGUAAACAAAAGGAGACUCGUAUUUUAGAAGUCUGUCCUUUUUUAUAUCUUGAAAGAAAUUUAUGUAUUACACUGUAAUAUAAACAAGUCCUGUUACUUUUCUUAUGAAUCUGGUUGGAAAAUGUAGGCAGUGAGGCUUUUUUUUUGAUGGGGAUAGGGGAGUAUUUGUUUUAUAAAUCAUUCUUAGACAGUUUCUACAGAUAUUUGACAUUCGGUGAAAGCAAGAAGCAAACUGAAGACCACCUCCCAUGAGAAAUAUUAUAAUGUUUAUGUAAUAAAGACAUGUAACUGUCUUAAAA